CAUAUUGUCGAGUGUGGGCUGGGGGUGGGAAGAGUGAGGAGGAAGGAGGAGCUCCUCUGGUGAGGCUGGAGAUACCGGACUACAAUAUAAUUAUAAAUCAGUGUGAGGUUGUGGAGGCGACGGGAGCAGGAAUUGGGCUAUGAAAGGAGUUCUUUUGGCCGCUGCCGCUAUGCAGGAGACUUUCGGUUGCGCUGUCACUAAUCGCUUCGACCAGCUGCUGGAUGAUGAGUCCGACCCGUUCGACAUCCUGCGGGAGGCCGAGGAGAAGAAGCAGAAGAAGAAGAAAGAGGAAGGAGGCCGCAAAACCAGAGCCGGGAGUGGGGCCUCGGGCAGCUCGGCGGCAUCAACCGCUGGUGCCGCGUACGCCUCGGCUUCGAACUCGACCAAAGCCGGCAGGAGAGAAUCUCAAAAAGCCCGGAAAAUCCCGGCGGGCGUCGAGGCCGGUAACAGGCCCGGGGGAACAUCCAGCACCGAAAAUGUCUUCCUUGGAGGAGGAGGACAGCGGAGAGAAGGCCCAAAGAGGGGCCCAAAAAGGGCAGAAUUGCGAGGACAGAAUGAGAACCAAGAUAUUGAAAGGAAAACUGAAAGACCAGAACGUAGAGUUGUAUUCCGAGAACGGCGCCCAAAUGAAACUGAAGGAGCUACUGAAUUUUCAUUAGAAGCACCAAUUGACAGGGUGGACAGACCAAUAAAAGGCCGUGGAGGUGGCAGAGGACGUGGAAGAGGACGAGGUGGAUUUCCCAGGAGUGUUGAUGGAUUUGAUCCAAGAGGAAAACGAGAAUUUGAAAGGCAUAGCGGAAAUGACAAAGUGGGAUUGAAACCAGAGGACAAAAGGGGUGGAAGUGGAUCUCGAAACUGGGGAGCAGUCAGAGAUGAUCUGAGAGAGACUGAGACAACUCCAGUUGAAGAGGCAACUGAAAUGGAAGAACCCCAAGAUGCACUUGAAGGCGAUACAGAGAACAAACUGAAUGAAGGGGAGCAUGAAGCAACGGUAGAUGAUGGUCCACAUGAAAUGACUCUGGAUGAAUGGAAGGCGCUUCAGGAACAGACCCGCUUCAAGAAGGAAUUCAACAUCCGCAAACCAGACUCCAGUGUUUUGUUGAAGGCAGUUGUGAUCCAUAAGUCUAAAUAUGAAGGGGAUGAACAGAAAGAGGAAUCUGAUGAGGAAGAUCACCAUUACUUUAGACGAUCAGCAAAUGACAUCACUUCCAAAUUAGACAUUAACUUCGGCAGUCUUACACGCCCUGGUCGAGGACGUGGUGGUGCUAGAGGCCGUGGAAGAGCCAAGCGAAUUGCUGAAACCAGGCCAGAAAUGCCAGCUGUGGAUAUGGUAAAGACACGGGUAAGUGCUCCCAAUCCUGAUGACCCUGAGGACUUCCCAGCUCUUGCCUGAAGCAACAUUGAAAUUGUAGCUGGCACCGGUCUUGAAGAAAGUAAGUUUUGGCACAUCACAAAGAGAGGCUUUUUGCUUCAGUGCGCAACACCGACUACAAGGAGUGGCAGUUGGCUCGCAUCUACUGAAAUUGGACUUUUCUGUUCACUACUGAAUGUGAAUAGACUUCACUCAAUGUGUGUGGGUGAAAGAUGGGUGGAAUAUGGCAUUUCUCCUGAGUUUUCAGCACCUCACUUUGUGCUUACUUUGUGUGAUAUUGGCAAAUGUCUUAAACUGCUGAAGAGAGGUAUAUUUGAUGUUUAAAAAAUGCUAUAUAUUAAAAAUAUUGAAUUGUUUGCUUGAUUUGUAAUGGUUUCCUGAAAAAAAGCACACGGGUAAGAGAAUGCACCCUAUAUUCUGACAAAGAUGGUCUAUCAUUUGGUAUUUGUAAAUUUUGAAGUAGUGCAGGCAUGUUAUGGAAGUGGCCUGUUUUGGUGCCCAUUCAAAAGUAGCUGCAAUUGCAACUUUGAAGCCAUUUUAAACAUUACGUGCACAUGUCCUUGAACUUGAAAAGUUGCUUAUUAGACCACAAAUUCAGAAAACAACAAAAGAAAACCUUUUUCCCCUAGUGUCAGUUUUUGGAAGCCAAGUGUUAAAUUUGUGAAGUUUGGACUAACUUAUGUAAAGGGGAAAGACUGCAUAAUUUGCCUUUUUGGUAAAUAUGAUUGUGAAAACUUGAUAGAAUAAAUGCAGAUUUGUUGAAAGUUA